AUGGCACCACCAGCAUUCUCUGACAUCCAAAAGUCUUCCAACGACUUGUUGACCCGUGACUUCUUCCACUUGGCUCCCGCAGCCAUUGAUGUGAAGACUGUGGCUCCAAAUGGCGUCGGUUUCACCGUUAAGGGAAAGACCAACUCUGCCAAUGCCAUCGCCGCUUCCGUCGAAGCCAAAUACGCUGACAAGUCUACCGGCUUGACUUUGACUCAGGCGUGGAACAAUGCCAAUGCCUUGGACACCAAGAUUGAGUUGUCUGAGUUGUUGACUCCCGGACUUAAGGGAGAAUUGGUGACCUCUGUGGUCCCCAAUGGCGCCAGAAACGCUAAAUUGAACUUUUUCUACCAACAGAACCAAGUCAAUGCUCGUUUGUUCUUCGACUUGUUGAAGGGUCCAAUUGCUACCGCUGACUUGGCUGUGGCUCACGAUGGUUUCACCGCCGGUGCUGAGUUGGGUUACGACAUCAACGACGCCACCGUCAACAAGUACUCCGUUGGUGUCGGUUACGCUCACCCUCUUUACAACGUGGCUGCCACCGCCACCUCCAACUUGUCUGUGUUCACCGCUUCUUACUACCACAAGGUCUCUCCUCUUGUGGAAGCUGGUGCUAAGGCCACCUGGGACUCUGUCAAGUCUUCCGCCGUUAACGUGGAAUUCGCCACCAAGUACAAGUUGGACUCCACCGCGUUUGUCAAGGCCAAGAUUGCUGACUCUGGUUUGGCUGCUUUGUCUUACUCUCAACUCUUGAGACCAGGUGUCACCUUGGGCUUGGGUGCUUCUUUCGACGCCCUCAAGUUGGCUGAGCCUGUCCACAAGUUGGGUUUCUCCUUGUCUUUCUCCUCGUAA